GAAGAAGAAUUUCGGGAAGAAUGGAUUUAUCCUGUGUUUGUUUGCACUGAUCCGAAAUCUGAUGCUUCAGACUUCAGCGCAAUCGUAAUCGAAGACUCUCGAGAACCUUACUUCCCAUUUCUUAUCGUCAUUUACUUUGUGUUUCUAUUUCUGAGCGCGCUCUUCACUGGUCUAAACCUUUCCUUGAUGUCCUUGGAUAUGGAAGACCUUCGCCGAAUAAGGGAGUAUGACGAGAAUCCUAAGACUCGUCGCUAUGCGGCGAAUAUAAUUCCCAUUCGAGAAAAUGGGAACUUUAUGCUGUGCACCAUCAUUCUUGGUAACACUAUCUGCAAUACAAUAGACGUGCUAACAUUCGAUAGGAUCACCCACAACCUGGAUUUCGUUGAGUGGCAACGAAUUCUCCUGGUGGAAGUCGUGCCAUCGCUAUUUAUCAUAAUUUUCUCUGAAAUCAUUCCGCAGGUUAUCUGUACUAAAUAUGCUCUACCGAUUGGAAGUCGUUGUCGACGAUUGAUGGUAUUUUUCAUGGUCCUCACAUAUCCAGUUAGCUAUCCUUUAUCAUUGUUCCUUGAUUGGGUAGUGGGAAAAGGUAAGCCCUGUCAAAUAUAA